UUAAGUAACUUUCACUCAAAGAAUCUAGCUAAAAUUCAGUUCAAUUUUUGAAAUUCAACUGACAAGAUGCCCACCUCUGCAGAUAGUGUUUUCGUUGCUCGAUCCGCUGGUAUAUCCGCCGAAGGAGUGCGGGAUCAAUAUGCUGAUGGAAAAGCCGCAAAAGUGUGGGAAAUAUUUAUUGGGGACAAAAACUCAAGAACAGAGAACUAUAAGAAUUUUUUAGUUGAGUUACUUCGCUCAAAAGGAUGCAAACGGGUCCUUGACGUGGCAUGUGGUACAGGUGUUGACUCCAUCAUGCUACUAGAGGAAGGCUACGAGGUUGUUUCAGUAGAUGCUUCGGACAAGAUGUUGAAAUAUGCAUUGAAAGAACGUUGGAAUCGUCGUAAGGAGCCUGCUUUCGAUAGUUGGAUUAUAGAGGAAGCUAACUGGCUGACGCUGUAUGACGAUAUAAAGCCAAUUGUUGGAGAUGGAUUUGAUGCUGUUAUUUGUUUAGGCAACUCGUUCGCACAUUUAAUGGACAACAGCGGAGAACAAUACGAUCACAAGAAGGCUAUAAGAAAUUUUCAAAAGUGUCUUAAGCCUGGUGGAAUUCUACUUAUUGAUCAUAGAAACUACGAUGACAUUCUUCAGACAGGAGACACGCCGGCAAAAAGUAUAUACUACAAUACAAGUCACACAGCCGACAUAAAAACUUCCGUACUCUUCUAUUGUGGUAAACCUGCAAUGGUGUCUUUGGACUACGAGAUUGAAGGAAAUAACUUAAGCAGCGAAUUUCGUCUUUCAUACUACCCUCACCCGCUACAAAAUUUCAAAAAAAUGUUAAAAGAAAUCUUCGGAGAGAAAUCAAUGCACAAGUUAUAUGGAGAUUUCAAAGAAAUCAAUGUGGAAAAGAAACCUGCAUUUUACAUACAUCUCAUUGAGAAAUAGAUAUAAAGACACACAUACAUAUGAAUUUCUCAACUCAUUUUAAUGUACAAAUAUUAUUUUUUACAUGAAUGUAUGCUCUAAUAAGUAUAUUUAAAUAAU